GGAAGUAGAUGGGUGAUGUUGAGGAGCAAUUUUCGACGAAAAAAACGACAUACACAGUCAAUUUCGUGUAAUUUGGUUUCGGGUUAAUCUUCGAAUGGUUUUAUGCAAUUAUAGUGUGAAUUACACAUAUUAUCGAAGUUGAAUGCAGUCAAUUACUCCUGCUCCUUGAUUAAUAUUAUUAAACUGUUCGGACCGAGUUAAAUUGUUCAAAUUACGAAUUGUUAUCUUUAAAUUGCUGUAAUGCACUGUUACUACCGCGAACGUGGGCUAUUUUCGUGAACUUUGAAUGAAACUCUUUGGUGUUAAUCCAAGUGAAAAUCCUAGUGACCCAUCAAGUUUCUUCAACUAAGAGACAAUUUUUCCGAAGUUUUCGCCUUCCAUAAUCACGUGUAGGAAGUUACGUUUUUGUUAUUUUACAACAAUUUUUUUGGAUCCAAGUUCUACAACAAGGACGAAGGACGAAGAUUCUUUGAAGAUCCCCAGAGAUUUUCCAAGUGAAAGAACGAAGUCUUAAAAGCUACCCAAAGUGCGCUCAAAAUAAAUUUGCAAGCUUGGAUUCCAAGGAUAGCUUUAUAUCGUAAAAGCUUGCGGGGUGCUUUUGAAAAAGCUUGAGGAUAUGUCUAGUGUAAUGUUCAUGCACCACCCUAAUUUUGCUUUUUACUGCAAACGUUACCAGUGAGAAGCAAGAAUUUGAGGAAACAGAUCACAAAUCUCAGGAAUGCAAAUUCUGCUCAAUCAACUUUGUGAUAGCUAACGACUAAACGAUUCUGUACAAAACUGAACAAUCACGGCAAGCGUUCUAAAGGUGAAAAAUAUCGUGUGGUGGUUUGCCCGUCGGUUACCCAAAGUGUUUUUUGACUGCAGCAAGUGAUCACAUCCUUCAAGAUUGCAGGGACAUACUUUGGCCAUCAUCACCAUUACCAUCAUCAUCAGGCCAAUCUGAACCUGAGCGUCUAUGACCCUCUGUUGAAACUAAACGAGCUUUUAAACGUGGUCAAGACGCCUCCCAAUUUUAUCAAAGUGGACAGCAAGCCGUUUACGACGUUGAACUUCACAGAUUUGGGCUCCCCGUUUGGGGGCCCGAACGAAGAUCCACCAGGAACACCCGCGAUGUCGGGCGACGGUCAUUUAGGCCCCCCGACACCUCACGAUAGCAACAAUUCGACACCGGUGUCGAAAAGUGCAUUUAUUGAAUUGCAACAACACGGAUAUGGCCCGUUAAGGACGACGUAUCAACACCCGUUCAACUCUCCGGCGGGUAACGCGCACUCUGGACCCCCGGGAGGUCAUGAUACAGGAUUCCCCAGUCCUAGGGGAGCUCUUAGCGCUUAUCCGUUUCCGCCGAUGCACCAAAACACAUACAGCGGGUAUCAUCUCGGAUCCUAUGCUGCUAACUGUCCGCCCUCUCCCAAGGAUGAAGAUAAAUGCUUGUCGUUAGACAGACCGACGGCCGGCAGCAAAGGCAAGAAAAUGCGAAAACCUCGGACUAUCUACUCGAGUCUUCAACUCCAGCAGUUAAACCGACGGUUUCAGAGGACGCAGUAUCUGGCAUUGCCCGAAAGGGCCGAGCUUGCUGCUAGUUUAGGACUUACGCAAACACAGGUGAAAAUCUGGUUUCAAAACAGGAGGAGUAAAUACAAGAAGAUGAUGAAGGCAGCACAGGUGUCGGGUCAAAAUAACAACAACACAACCCCAGGUUCCACGCAUCCGGGUCUCUUGACCGGUGGCGCGAAUAUUUCUAGCAGUAGUCCAGGACCACAAAGUCAAAACAUGAUGCAAGGAGGUGGUUCUUCAAGUGGUUCCCCGGCGACGGGGGGUUACAUGCAGCACUCGUCACCAGCACCUUCCUCGACUCCAGGAUCGGACAUGUCGGCAGGUCACCAACCCGCUCCUAGUCCCAGCAGUUGGGACGUGAAACCUCAGCAACCUUUACAUCCACCGUCAGCGCACCCAUCGGCACCCCCGCCUCCACACCCACAUCCCCCGCACAACUACCUCCCUCAGUAUUCGUGGUAUCCGACGGAUAAUCCCGGCCUUUUAACGGUAUGGCCAGCUGUUUAAUGAAAAAAUCCGGUGAUUAGUACAUAGUUUUGUUAUACCAGCGUACGUUUAGGAAUAAAUAUGACCAAAUGUGAUCGGCUCUUUCUCACUUUUCUUUCUACUUUCUCACUCUUUUAUUAUCCCUUAUCAUUAAAACAACAACAUCAAUAUUAAUUUUCGUUGGACAAACGUUAAAGAGAGAAAAGGCCUCGGGACCGAAAGUGGCUUGGAACAUGUGAAUUUGGUGCAAUAACGAGCGAAAGUUCAGAGUUUACACACUGAUUGGGACGUACUAACAGUUCUUUUUAAGUGAAUCUUUCCUCUAUCGGGAUAUUAUUAUAAUGAUUUUUGUGUUAGUACAGAAGUUGUUUCUAUUGUAAUAUAUGUAGACGAGUGAGAUUGGUCUUGUCGAGAGGUUUAUAAAUAUUUUCCAGUUUUGUACAGUGAACAGUUAUGAAUGUUGGCAUGUCAACAAAAUGUACCUAAUAUGUAAAGUAGUUAAAUAAUAAUUAUCCUUUAAUUUAGGAGAAGUAUUAUUAUUAUUACUAUUAUUUCA